UCAGGAAGAGGGAGAGGAAGAAGAAGCAUGUCUUUGAUGGCAUCAGAGAUCGCGGCCAAGUUGAAUCUGCAGCCACACCCAGAAGGUGGGUUUUACGCAGAGACGUUCCGAGACCAUUCCGUUCAUCUUUCAAAGUCUCAGCUUCCUCCCGAAUACAAAGUUGAUCGCCCUGUAUCCACCUCCAUAUAUUUUCUUCUUCCGUCUGGGAACGUAUCUCGUCUCCAUCGCAUACCCUGUGCUGAAACCUGGCAUCAUUAUAUUGGUGAACCUAUCACCAUAGUGGAACUGAAUGAGAAGGAUGGAAGUGUCAAGUUUACAUGCCUUGGAUCAGAUCUGAGUGAUAAUCAGAUACCACAAUACACAGUGGCUUCCAACGUCAACGUAUGGUUUGGUUCAUUUCCCACUAAGGAUUUUAGCCUUGUGUCUUCAGAUGGGGCAUUGGUGAGAGCUGCAGCUAGAGAUGGUGAGAGUCACCACUCUCUUGUGGGAUGCACUUGUGCACCUGCUUUUCAGUUCCAGGACUUUGAGCUUGCAAAACGAUCUCAACUCAUUGCUCGCUUUCCCCAAAUGGAGCCUCUUAUCACUGUUCUCACAUUUACCGAGUGAGUGACCACACCACCACUCUUGUUAUUUAUGACAAAAAAUAAGAUUGUAAUGUUGGCAACCCCUGCUUGUUGAAUGUUGAGCUGCUUACUUGAAUGUAACCUUAAUUGACAUGUUUUCCCAUCCCCUUUUUUCAGCGUUAUGUAAAACUGAAUCUGUAGUAAUUCUUCAUAAUCAAAUAAAGAAUGGGAAAUAGAAGUAUGGAUAC